CUGUGUGGGAUCAGCAGAGCUUUCCCUUGGACUAGACAGUCACAACUGCAUUUUUCAGUCUGAAAAGAAUCACUGAAACUGGUUCCUGAAACUAAAAGAGGAGAUUAGCAGCUGUAUCACUGGAGGUGACCAGAAAUCCCCAGAUAUGUUCCAUUGUCAUGCAUAUCCUUUACAGACCCUCUAUCCCCGGGUCUGGUGUAUUUCAGCAGCUCCCAGUUCCCCCCCAGAACACAGCUCUCCAUAGUCAGCAAAACCAGCCUUGUUCCCUAUGAUUUUUUCCCUACAGAAUGCCAUAGGAGGGCAAGACUCUCCCCAAAAUAAAAAUCUGCUGCCAGAACCACGUGUGGGUGUGUAUUCCCAGGACUCAGGUGAUGCAGCCAGGGGCUUGUUCCCGAUGGGAAGGAGCACAUUCCUCCCCGGCAGGGCUGGUGGAGGCAGCAGCUUGGUCUUGCUCCAGUGGGUUGUCCAGCGAGUGAUUCCCGUUUCCCCUCAGGCUGCCUCUCAUUAGCAUGGAUCGGGGGAAGGGCAUAAAAGACUCCAGCUCAUUUUGAGUCUGGAAAAACUUUUCUUCAAAAUGACAACCCAAGUGUUCUGGCUCCUCUGCUUUGUCAUUAGAUCAUCUUCUGGAUCCCUGCUUUAUGCUGAGAAACCCGGCCAGGCUCUCAGCAAAGAUGUUUUUGGCUCAGCAGCCGCUGCUGACGUUCAGGUGAAAGCGGCAGGGCGGGGCACGGGCAGUGCCAGCGGGAAUGCCAGGGAAACGGGAAUGGCCCCGGGAAUGCCCUCCCUCGCCUCCGACAAGAAGAAACGCGCGGAGCCUUCCCUGGAGAACAGCACGGGGCCGAGGAAGCGCCUCGGGCAGCGCGGAGCGCUCCCGGGCCCGGGCAGCCCCAACCGGGGGCGCUCGGAGCGGGGCCGGGCCGGGGCUGCCAACAGCGUGGGCGGCCGAGCCCUGCGCGAUGCCGCCCGCCCGGAGCCGCUGUCCCUGCCGGAGCCGCUGUCCCUGCCGGAGCCGCUGUCCCUGCUGGACCCCGCAACGGGCGGCUCCAGCGAUGCCAACCUCCUCAACCGAGCAGGGAAGGCAAUGCCCUACAAAGGGCCCGACCCCUCCAGGGGCGUCCCCAAACCCUCGUGGCUCACCAACCGCUGGUCGCCCAGCCCGGUGCACCUGGGCGGGCUGAGGAAAGGCUGUGCUCCUGUUGUAGAUGGUGACAAGGAGAAGGUGUGUCUGACCGAGUGCAGGAAGGAGCGGGAUGAAGUGGAGGCUUUCUGUGCCAGCGAGUUUGCAGUGAAUGGAAUUGUUUAUAACCUGGAAAGCCUGGGGAAUGGAGUCCAGUGGAUUACCCUCUUGGCAGACAGUGAUGGAUUGUACAAGAUGAGUCGCCUGUAUGUCACUCCUGACGCCGCCUUCUUCCGAGUUCACAUCUUGGUUGUGGAUACUUUAAACUGCAGUAAACCAUGUCCAGACUUUAAACUUGGCAGCAGGUACAUCGUGAUGGGGCACAUCUACCACAAGCGCCGGCAGGUGCCCGCCGAGCUGCUGCCCGCGCUGCGCGGGCGGCUGCGGCCGGGGGACGGCUGGGUCGGGAGCGGCAGCGGCUUCGUGAGGAGAUUCCACAGGAAAAGCGAUCUCAGGGUGAGGGCAGCUCGCUCCAAGUGUCCUUAAGGCUCCGGGGCUCCGUCCAGGACGCGGGAGCAGCGGGAUCCCCCCUCAGAGCACACCGGGCCGUGGGCAGCGCUCCCGCAGUCCAGCGCCGCCUCUGUGCUGGGCAAACGCCGGGGCCUGGAGCACGCACCGGUGGGGCUCGGCACAGAAGUCACUCCAGGGAAUUCACUGGCCCUGAAUUUGCUCCAGCUGCUUUCAGAGCACCAGGUUAUUGUUGUUCCCCUGCUGCAGCGUGCCCCGAAUAAUCUGUAGUAACCGUAAUGCAAAAUUCUGGCAGUUUCGUCCUCAGCACACAACUGCACUUUGAACCCCUCACCUUGAACACAUUAAAUGAUACCACAGCUUUAUCUACACAGGAUGUUCACUGUGCUUUCACAGUUCUGCCUAAUGCAUUUGAUUUCAGAGAAACCAACACUACUAAGUACCAUUUGUAUUAUUUUUGUCUCCUCAACCAUAUCCAUGGUAUUUUGGAAAAUUACACCAUUCUUCCAGCAGAGCUGGAUGUUCACACAAAGCAUACAGAAAAGAGUGUAAUAAUUUGAGUAUAUGAACACACUGAGUGAAAGCAAGUCAAGAACUGCAAACCGCAAAUACCCAGUUGCAUUUACAAGUGAUGGUGCAGGGAAUGCAAAAUGAGCACAGGCUGCACACACUGGGUGUGCCAGGGCACUUUGUUCUAGAGCUGUGCUGAAUGCUGUUCUUCAGGAGAAAUAUUGCGAAGCCUGUACUUGCACAAGUGUAAAGUUACUUUUUAAGUCAAAAAGACAAUAUUUUAUUACCUUAGUGUGGUGAAAUUGAGAUGUUUGUUGUUCCCAGUCAGUAUUCGCAAAUAAUAAGUCUGUAAAAGAAACUAAUAAAAUUCUCAUGAGGU